AUGACUACAGUUACUCCUGUUACCAACCACACAGAGAACAUUGUGACUACAGUUACUCCUGUUACCAACCACACAGAGAACAAAGACAAUGUGACUACAGUUACUCCUGUUACCAACCACACAGAGAACAAUGUGACUACAGUUACUCCUGUUACCAACCACACAACAGAGAACAUUGUGACUACAGUUACUCCUGUUACCAACCACACAGAGAACAUUGUGACUACAGUUACUCCUGUUACCAACCACACAGAGAACAUUGUGACUACAGUUACUCCUGUUACCAACCACACAGAGAACAUUGUGACUACAGUUACUCCUGUUACCAACCACACAGAGAACAAUGUGACUACAGUUACUCCUGUUACCAACCACACAGAGAACAUUGUGACUACAGUUACUCCUGUUACCAACCACACAGAGAACAAUGUGACUACAGUUACUCCUGUUACCAACCACACAACAGAGAACAUUGUGACUACAGUUACUCCUGUUACCAACCACACAGAGAACAUUGUGACUACAGUUACUCCUGUUACCAACCACAAGAGAACAUUGUGACUACAGUUACUCCUGUUACUAACCACACAGAGAACAUUGUGACUACAGUUACUCCUGUUACCAACCACACAGAGAACAAUGUGACUACAGUUACUCCUGUUACCAACCACACAGAGAACAUUGUGACUACAGUUCCUCCUGUU